AAAAAGGAAACUGAUUGAAAAAACUUUAAACGAAAAAGUUAAAAACUUCAAACAGAAUAGUAUUCCAAAGAGCUAUAACCAAAGGAUAACAGGACCUGUCUUUGACUGGAAGCUGUUUUACAGACAGCAGAGUGCCUUCAACUAUGCCAGAGAUCAAUCAGAGUCAGCUGUCUAGUGAAAAGAAACUUCAUUAUGAGAUCAUUCCAGAAGGCUCUGUGUGUAAGCUGUACUUUGAUCUGGAAUACUCCAUCCCAGACAAUCCAGAUCAUGUAGGAAUCAAGAUGGUGGACACAUUUAUCCAGUAUGUCUGUUUAUGGUUAGAGCUAGAGUUCAGUCUGAAGUGCACAAGGAAAAAUGUUCUGGAUUUGGAUGCCAGCACUGAUAAGAAAUUCAGCCGACAUCUUGUCUUCAUUAUUCCUGAUGUGGCCUUUCAAGACAACAUUACAAUUGGUAAUUUUGUGCAGCACAUAAUCGCUGUACUGAGUCAACACUGUGAAUGCAGUGACUCCAAAGCAAUUAAUGGAGAGCAGCCUCUACAUGAUAACAAUAAAGCUUAUACAUCCCCAAAGGAAAAAGAUGAUGUAAAGAGGGCAGAAUUAAAGGGGAAGUCUCCUGAAAAAUUUGAAGGUCAAACCGAACAUAUUGACACUACAGAGGACUGGGAGGGACUGUCUGAUGAAGUGUUGAUUGGUGACAAUGGUCAAAUGCCUGAUAAAGGUGGAAAGAAACAGUUUUCUGACAGUGUAUUUGAACAUUUUACAGAGAAACAGCUGUCAUCUCUCUUUGUUAAAACAAAAAAGGGAGAGAGAACAGCAUUUUGUGAUUUGGGUGUGUACACUAAAAACAGGAAUUUUCGGCUGUACUUGUCCAGCAAGUUCGGCAAGAACAACCCCCUUGUGGUGGCACAGGACAAUGAAUUUGUUCCAUCUACAGCAACAAAAUGUUAUGAAAAGGCAAUCUUUAUGCAAUCCCUGAUAUCAAAUGUGAAGUUUUCACGGAGAAUGAGAAUUUUAAAGUUUGAUGGCAUGCAGAGGGACAGUAGAAGAUCUGUCAAAAACAGCACAACCAGUGUAGCAAGUCUAGAAGGAUACCGAACUUCUCCUUAUCCUGAGGUAGAUGCUUUCCUUGUGAAACUUGUACAGGAAGUAGAACCUCGAGGAGGGAUCCGUCAUUGGACUUAUUUCAGUCAGGGAGAACUCAUUGUUUAUGAAAUGGCUAACUACAGAUUCUGUCACAAUAUUGACAGGAGUCAUAGAAGCAACAAUGUCAUGUUUAUUGUGGACCUGAAGAAAAGGAUUUAUUACCAGAAAUGUCAUGAUCCAGCUUGUAGGUCACAAAAUUUCAAGUCUUCAGACUUCCCUUUACCUGACUCUGUGUUUCCUGCCUACUUGUGGGAAGAUGAUCCCAUGUUUGAUGGAGAGCUGUCGAGGAAGCAGAGAAAACAAUGCCUGCGUGAUACAUCCUUCAUAUACAUGUAG